UACAAUCACAAUCGUGAAUCGUGUGUUGUGAGUUGGUUGUGAGCACCUUUGGAUCAUGUGUUUUGUAUACGACCGAAUAAUUAGCACUUCGGUACACUGAUAAGAAAGGCUCGUUCUCCUGCUCACUGGAGCACACUGUUUCUUGGUUCGUUUCCCAUAAACUCAAAAAUUUGGCCCAUCCGUGCGAGAUGUACGUGGACUCCAAGAUAACCUAACUGAUCCAAAUCCAAACCGGUAAGCAAUGAGAAUCUGCGUUGUUUGGUGCUGGAAGUGAUGCCAGUGUUCGUGUUAUUGGUUGUUUACGCGCCUACACCGUUGGAUAGAGCUCCAUGCUCCAGUUGGUGGUGUAGUUUGUGCGCCGUUAUAUCUGGUAUCUGCACAGCCCAGCAUUGCCUAGGCUAAAAGUCAGACCCAAUGGCAGCAGUGGAAGAUCAAGUCUCCAGCACUGCUCCGGCUGAGGAUCUGUGGAACAUUGCUAUCACUACCAAAGACGAAAGUACUAGUAAUGUUCCACAGAAGUCGUCGAAUGAAAUUUUAACAGAAUUAUUUGGAGCGUUCAAUGCUGAACCUCCAAAGUCUAUCAUUGCAUCUGAGGGUGAUACUGAUAAUGAAACUAAGGUCAAGAAACACAGAAAAAAGCAUAAGAAAGAGAAAAAGCAUAAGAAAAAAAGCCGAAGUAAACGAAGACUGAGUGGAGAACAGGACAAUAGUUCUAUCGGUUACAGUUCAGAGUCAGAUAAUGAACAUGAAAAGCGGAAAGAGAGGAAGCACAAGCCAAAGAAGAAGCAUCGAACCAGGAGUAGUGAUAUGGACAGCGGAGAUGAGCAAAAGCCAAAGAAACGUUCCAGGCACAGCAAAUCUCCUAGCAUAACCAGGAAGGAAUCUGUUUCGGACAACACUAACGAACUGUCAAAAGAAGUUUCGAAAGAGGGUUUACUUGAGGUUAAGAAAGAGAUUGAAGUGAAUGGACAUGCAGAUGAUGAAGUAUCUUCAUCUACACCGGCUCCCUCACGCUCCCCACCACCACUUCUCACACCUAAGAAGGAGGUAGUUGAAGAAUCUUCAGUCUUUGAGAAUGUCAAACCUUCAGAGGGUGUUGAUGAUAAAACUGACAAAGCCAAACCACCCAUGGGGAAAAUUGUCAUCAAAGAUUUAAAGUUUAGCUCUGUAUUUGAAGCAACUGUGAAAGAGGUUGAAGAACAUGCGAAAGCUAAAGCAGAAAAGUAUGAGGAGGGAGAACUCUCAGACACUUCAUCCCAGAAAACCAGUGAACACUCCGAUGACCAUCCUAGUGCUCCUAGUCUUGGAUCAGAAGGGGGAGAAGCAGCAGAACCCAACAGUAGGUCAGAUGAUAUUUCCAAGAAAUCUAAAAGGUCACGCAGUACAGAAAAAAGCUCAAGUCAUCACAAAAAAUCAAAACACAAGAGCAGGAGUAGAAGUAAAAGCCGAAGCCGGAGCAGAGACCGGGAUCACAAGAGUAGAGACAAAGAACGUCACUGUCGACAUAAAGACCGUGACAAAGACAGAGAUAAAGAUAAGCUUAAAGAGAAAGAAAAAAGCAAAGAGAAGGACCGUCACAAGGAAAGAGACAGGGUAGGAGAAAGAGACAAGGAUAGGAUUAAGGAAAGAGAAAGAGAUAGAGGAAGAGAUCGGGACAAGGAUAGGAAGGAAAAGGAUCAUAAAGACCGAAGAAGAGGUCAUAGUCGUAGUCGAAGCAGAUCUCCACGUAGCAGCAGAAAUCGUAGCUCUUCUCGGAGCCGGAGGAGACACAGUCGUGAUAGACGCCGCAGCCGAUCAAGGUCAAGGGAUCGUAAACGAACUUCUGGAGGUGACCACAUAGACAAGAAGAAACUAUUAGAAAUUGCAAGGCGGAAUGCUAUGAACAUGUUGCAGGCAGGAAUAUUGCCUGGCAAUAUAUUAGGGAAAACCUCUGCUCCAACACCAUCAGCAGCUGCUUCAACAGACAAACCUGAGAAAACUACUGCCAAAACUGUUGAUGAACUCACUGAGUACUGUAAAGAGUUGUCAAAGAGAGAGAAUAUGGGAGAGUUAUCUAGCCUAAGUGGAUCAGAAGAAAGUGAUUCAGAGAAACCCUUUCAUCAUCCUUUCCAAGUGAAGGAUAGACCGUCAUUUAUAUCUUUAAACAUCAAGAAUGCUGUGCAAUUACCUCUGAAGACUUUGCAAGAAAGAACCAUGGAAUCCUCCCAACUUCGGAUUCAAUUUCCUGUUUCCAGUGGUAUGCAGCACAACAAAAUUGAAAAUGAGUGGGUCCCAGUCACACCUCCAAAAAAGGUUGACGAGAAAAAAUCCGGAUUGAAGGCCAUCGAAGCACCAAAACCAACUGAGAAAAGCUCUCAACCCGCAUCUACCGAGGUAAUUGAUAUUGGAACUCUCGUAUCUCAAAGGCUGGCUGCAAUGCGGAAAAAACACGACAGUGAACAAACCCAAUAUAUUGAUCACAUGUAUGGCUGGAACAACGUAUUACCGGGGCAGUUUGGAGGGGACACUGGAAUUCGACCAUUGACACCUCAGCAACUCGCAUCUGGUGCUCAGGCAUGGGCGCGCAAGGACCAAUUGCAAACAGCCACUCCUGUCCGCAGUGGUAUGGGAAUGACCCUGCUACAAAAGAUGGGAUGGAAGCCGGGUGAAGGAUUGGGCAAGAAUAAAGAAGGGUGUCAGGAGCCCCUUCAGUUAGAAGUGAAAAUGGAUCGAAAAGGUUUAGUGGCAGCAGAAGAAAUCCGAGCUAGACGUCCUCCACCUACUGUUAGCCAACCAAGGCAAGCUAAAGCAAACCCUGUUACCUUAGAAGGUAAACAUCCUGUCUCGUUACUAACCGAGUACUGCUCUAAGCGUCACUUUGGAGCCCCUCAUUUUGAACUGUGCCUUGAAAGUGGACCAGAUCACAAAAAAGACUUUCUCUUUAAGGUACGAGUUAACGGUCUGGAGUACACACCCAGCUCAGCUAGUCCCAACAAGAAGCAGGCCAAGGCAGAAGCUGCCACCAUCUGCUUAAAAUCUUUAGGUGUCCUUAUAAGCUAAUCAGUUCAAACUUGCUUGGUGGCAAGUUCAACUAAUGCCAUGUGAUUGUGUGAUAAUAUGUUGCAUAUUGAAAUAUAUCAAUAGCCAAUGAUAUCAGAGCCUGGAUUCAAGUUUAUGUAACAUUUAAUGCCAUCUUUUUGUGGGGGCAUUCAUUUGCAAUAAGUUUGUUGGAUCCUUUCUUGUUACUUUUGACUGUAUGCCUUAGUGUGUUUUCAACAUUAAUUUUUAGUAGAAUGACAUAAUUUUUUGUUUUGACUUGAAUAGUCACAUGUUAAUUGAAUUUGUUAUGUUCUCAUCGCAAGCCCAUUUGUGUUCAAUUGAGUCCAAUUUUAGACUUAUGAAAUGCAUGUGAUCAAAUUAUUCCCUGAGGCUUAUGAAGUAUGUUUAAGCUGUUGUCAGCUUGUCAAUUUUAUCUCCGGUUUGUCUGUGAUAAUAUUUUUUUUUUUUUUUGCCAUCAAUGUUUUGUAUCCAAACAAAUAAAUUUGACACCAGGCUUUGAUUAACCUUGGUGGAAAUUUCAAAUUA